AUGAAUGACAACACUGCUGAGGUGCCGGACCGCACGAACCAAGAGAUGGCGAAGGUCCCCACACACUCCCAGGACCUGUGUCCCCAAGAUCAGGCCGAGCAACAGCAGCAGGCCGAGCAGCAUCGUCUACAGGACCUACAGCAACAGCAGCAGGCCGAGCAGCAUCGUCUACAGGACCUACAGCAACAGCAGCAGGCCGAGCAGCAUCGUCUACAGGACCUACAGCAACAGCAGCAGGCCGAGCAGCAUCGUCUACAGGACCUACAGCAACAGCAGCAGGCCGAGCAGCAUCGUCUACAGGACCUACAGCAACAGCAGCAGGCCGAGCAGCAUCGUCUACAGGACCUACAACAACAGCAGCAGUAUCAUCAACAGGACAAGCCUCAGAAGGUUUCACAGCUGCAGCAUCGGGGCUUGCCACAGAAGCAGGACCUGCCACAGCAGCACCAGGACCUGCCACAGCAGCACCAGGACCUGCCACAGCAGCACGAGGACCUGCCACAGCAGCACGAGGACCUGCCACAGCAGCAUCAGGACCUGCCACAGCAGCAUCAGGACCUGCCACAGCAGCAUCAGGACCUGCCACAGCAGCAUCAGGACCUGCCACAGCAGCAUCAGGACCUGCCACAGCAGCACCAGGACCUGCCACAGCAGCAUCAGGACCUGCCACAGCAGCACCAGGACCUGCCACAGCAGCACCAGGGCCUGCCACAGCAGCAUCAGGACUUGCCACAGCAUCACCAGGGCCUGUCACAGCAUCACCAGGGCCUGCCACAGCAUCACCAGGGCCUGCCACAGCAUCACCAGGGCCUGCCACAGCAUCACCAGGGCCUGCCACAGCAGCACCAGGGCCUGCCACAGCAGCACCAGGGCCUGCCACAGCAGCACCAGGGCCUGCCACAGCAGCACCAGGACCUGCCACAGCAGCACCAGGACCUGCCACAGCAGCACCAGGACCUGCCACAGCAGCACCAGGACCUGCCACAGCAGCACCAAGACCUGCAGCCACAGGUCUCACAGCAUCAACAGUAUGAGGACCUGCAGCCAAAGACUUCACAGCUGCAGCAGCAGCAGCACCAACAGUAUGAGGACCUGCAGCCGAAGGCUUCACAGCUGCAACAGCAGCAGCCCCAACAGUAUGAAGACCUGCAGCCGAAGGCUUCACAGCUGCAACAGCAGGAGCACCAACAGUAUGAGGACCUGCAGCCGAAGGCUUCACAGCUGCAACAGCAGCAGCACCAACAGUAUGAGGACCUGCAGCCGAAGGCUUCACAGCUGCAACAGCAGCCCCAACAGUAUGAGGACCUGCAGCCGAAGGCUUCACAGCUGCAGCAGCAGCCCCAACAGUAUGAGGACCUGCAGCCGAAGGCUUCACAGCUGCAACAGCAGCAGCACCAACAGUAUGAGGACCUGCAGCCGAAGGCUUCACAGCUGCAACAGCAGCAGCACCAACAGUAUGAGGACCUGCAGCCGAAGGCUUCACAGCUGCAACAGCAGCAGCACCAACAGUAUGAAGACCUGCAGCCGAAGGCUUCACAGCUGCAGCAGCAGCAGCACCAACAGUAUGAGGACCUGCAGCCGAAGGCUUCACAGCUGCAACAGCAUGAGACCGUGCAGCCACAGGCCGCACAGCAACACGAGGACCUGCAGCCGCAGGCGUCACAGCAGCAGCAGCAGCAGGACCUGCAACCUCAGGCCUCUCUGUACCACCAGCAGCAAGCCUUAUACAGACAAACACUGCAGCAGCAGCGGAAGCAGACCUCGGAGCAGCAGCAGGCGUUGCAGCAGGCCAUGCAGCAGGCUAUGCUGCAGGCUUCACACCAGAAGCAAGCCUUGCAGCAGGCUUCACACCUACAGCAGGCCUUGCAGCAGGCCUCGUAUCAUCAGCAACAGGCUGCACAGCAGGACCAACGGUCUUUGCAGAAACAGCAGUCGAGUACAGCACAACAGCCAACGUUUCCACAACACGGACUGCAGCAGCCAGCAGCAACAGCAGCACACUUCCCCUACACACCACUCCAGUACCAGCAAAUGAUGGGAACUGGAACAGCAGCGUCGAUGAUGCUCUCAGGCGCCGCCAUGACCUCUCCAUCCAUGCGUCUGCCCCCAUACUCUCUCCUGGGCGCGGAUGGGUACAAGCACCAUCAUCAUGCCCACCAGGGUACAGGAAGUGGAGGGAGCAGUGGAGGUGGAGGGAGUACAAGAAAGGCCCGCUCCUCCUACACCGUUCAACAGCUUCAGCAACUUAAUAGACGGUUCCUUCGUUCCAUGUACUUGGCCCAGCACGAGCGGGGGGAGCUGGCCGCCAUGGUGGCUCUCACACAGACACAGGUGAAGAUUUGGUUCCAGAACCGACGGUCCAAGUACAAGAAGCUGAUGAAGGCAGCCAACAUGAGGCUUGACCCUGAUUAUGGCGAGGAUGAUGUCCCUUCCCCGCCUCCUGCUAAGAGAAGACACCUGUUGCGCAGGCCGAAGCCAACGUCUCCAAGUGGCAGGUGGAAUGCCAAGUGUGGGAUGUACACUGGCCGAGGAGCACCACCAGCAGCAGCGCCCCGCCCUCAGCCACAUACACUGCCCGCCCUCCACAAUUAUGGCACCUAUACGACGCCUGUCAACUACUAUUCCCUUCAGGGCUACCCACUGCCCCUGUCAGGGAUGUAUGGAGGCGGGUUGCCUCUCGCUGUGCCACCAAUACGACCUAACUUGACAGGUCAGGCCCUGGGGGAGAAUGGUGUGCAAGCUGGUGCUUCUGGUCCUAAUACUACCAGUGUUACUCCUUCAAAUAUUCACUUGGAUUCCUCGUCAUCUUACCUAGACGUAGCUGGCUAUAAUGAUGCUAGUCUGCACAACACCAAAAUUUCCGGGGAUGGUCCAGAGUCCAUUCGGCCGGACCAUUCGCCAGUCGUACAGAUUUCCAGCAAGAUUGCAGAGCGAAAUGUUACUAAUCAGAAGCAGAAAAAAACCACGAAGCUUGAAAUUGAUUCACAAUAUGGGUCGUCUGUUGGUCGGCUUGAAGCGGAAUCCAGCCAUAUACCGAGCCCUCAGCCCUCUCGCCAUAUCCUCUCUCCUGAUACUCAAAUGGAGAACCCAAUUACUGCAAACCCUUUACUGAAAACGCACAUUAGUUCAUCAUGUGAACCUGUUCAAUGCAAAACAGAAUCCGCAAAUCUGUCUAGUAUUAACAUGCAUACAUACACUAUCAGUAAAAUGGAGUACGAGUCCCUUGAAGAUUCAUUAGGAAGUGGGUCAAACGUGCCACUAUCCGGCACUCUAGACAAGGCAAAUGACUCCCCACGAGCAGCCAAUUUCUGUGCGGGAGCCUAUUCCGGCUCGCAUUUUGUAUCUGGCCACCAGUCGGCGGGGAACCAUGCGACGCAAGCAUCCCAUUUUUCACGUCCUGGCCACUCAGGUGAUAAUGACAAUCAACAAUUCGCUGAAGCCAGACAAGAUAUCAAAAAGGACGAGGAGGUGGAUAACUCAGCGCUAGGCUACGCCUAUGUCUUGCGACCAUCGCAGUAUGACCAAAGUCUUUACGACGAUAACGAGAGCUACAUUUUCAACAGUUCGCCUUACCAGUCUAACUACCUUCAACACCACAUAAACAGUGCCUAUGAUAACCCCCUGAAUCACCUGCAGUUAUCCCCCAGUUGUCUUUCGGACAAGACCCCAGCCUCCCACAGCAGUGCCGGCACUGCCUCCACCAUGUUGGUCAACCCUAUGUCACUGCUGGCGCAGACUGAGGACUGUGACGAGGAAGGCUUUCCCAUCGUCAACAGUGAGGACGAGGACAAUGACCAGAGUGACUUCAACACACUUGAUCUCACAGUUCUACAGGACCAGUCGCAGAAGAUUGUACUGUGAUUGAACUCAAUUUUGACAAACAAACAUGUGAUGACAGUCAGUUUUGCCUAAUUUUGCCCAUUAGUGACGUGUUUAUACAGAGAUUUUGACUUUUAUCUUUCAAAUUUGUCCCAAUUAUCUUUUUAGUUUCAUCUUUAAUGGGGAAUGUAUUAUAACUCACAAGCGAGGAGCUGUAUGCACUCAAGUCCACCAAUAUUGCUGAGUAUAGCAACUUUACUAACGCAAUAUAUCACUAAAGGAAUAUUUGCGUGUUCAAGGUGUGUUUGUGUGUGUUUGUGAGCGGGGGUAUUCAGAAUGUUUGUAUUUACCAGGAGUUUCUAGACUAUAUAAUUUAGUCUGGAAUGUAGGAUACCAUUGUGUGGUGAAUGUGGAGUACCAUUACAGCCGUCGCCACUCCAUAACUCCUCAAAUAUACUGUGGUGUGAGUGGUUGUGUACCGAAUUGACGAUAUAUUUCAUAUUAGUGAAGAACUUAGUGGCAGCGAAUAGCCAUGUGUACAUAGCCGUAUCUAUAAUGAUAUAUAGAUGAUCAUUGUUACAUUUUUUUUGUUUUUUUUUGGGUUGCAAGUUUAUGUAAUCACUUAAUUAUUUUUGAGGGCGUUAAGCUUUAAAAAAUUUAAUCUUGCCGUUGUGUUUAGCGUAUUUUGAUUCAAUUACAAUUUUUUUGACCAUCUUUGUUUCAUAGCAAAAAGUUAUAGUUUGUAUUUGUUCAUUUAUUUACAAAACCAUUUGGUUUUAUAAGUGCAGUAUUCCUUUUGUAUGUGUUUUGUUCAGUGUUGUUAAAUCUUGAGUGAAAAUUUUUUUAUGUAAUCAAAUUAACCAUUACGUGAGUUAUUUUGUAGGUGAGAAUAGCAAAGAUUUGCAUAGCCUAAUUGAUAAUUUGGAGGUGCUUAAAAUUCAUUCCCAGUGAAAGCAGCAUAAAUCAGUUGACCGUAUGUUCUAUUUUGUGUUAAAUAUGAAUAAAACUCGUCAAAUUAACUCUGAUUGAUUGAAUCAGAAUUGGUUAAAAGAAAUGUGUGUACAGGUCUGAUAAAUGGUGGUGUAGUUUAAGCUACUCGGGCAGUCAGUUGUCUACUAAGCCAUAUAUAGAUAUAUAUUUUGUCUAAGAAACAUACAGAAACCUGUACAUCUUUCAACAGUCGUGGCGGCUUUGUUUUCAGUUAUUUAACAGCUUGAACUUCGAAAUUUCACAACCCAAGGUUGUGGUGGUUGUUAUAAACAACCUUAUAGUACUCUGUUGGAUAAAUGUAAACAAAGCAGGUAUGAUUCAAGAAUGAUGUACAGCUUUCGUAAGGGAUUGCGUAAAUGCUUAACGAAUGCUGACUUGGGUUGUAUACUCUUGAUUGAGUUUACAGUAAUGUUGUAAAGGCAUUAGGUUUGACUUGACAGUGGUUUGGGGGCUUAGAUGAUGAGUUAUUAUUAUUUAUGAAGAUGGUUUGAUGGCUGCUUAAUCACAAUGUCUUAAUUAUCUGUUACCUGGGAAUUUUGUGGUGUUAGUUCUGGCCACAAGUUUAUUAUUGUCAAAUGACUUUGAAAAAUUGUAUUAAAAUAUGAAACAUGUUUAAACAAUUUCUUAUUUAGUUUUAGUAAUUAUCAGGUUAAAAAUAUGUUGAAAAAUUAUAUUAAAAUAUGGAACGUGUUUAAACAAUUUCUUAUUUAGUUUGUUUAGUAAUUAUCAGGUUAAAAAUAUGUUCAAUUUCCACUUAUAGCUUUCCUUGUAUUAAAGUGGAUAACCUGAUUCAUUCCACUGUAAGCAACUGUGGGUAUAUUCAAUUUUUCAUUGUUUUGUAUUUAAUUAUGCCGAUAAACAGACAAUGCAUACCAUAUUUUUCAUUAAUUCACGUUUCUGUUCAUAGUGAAUGCGUAUUUUUUCAAUGUUAAUUUAAAAAUCGAAAUGCGUUAUAAUCUAGAAAGGAGCGGACUGUGUCAAGCUCAAAAUCCUGUUAAAAAUCUCUUACUAUUCUGAAAUUUUGAGUAAAAGUGAAAUAUUUGUGUUUAUAAUU